AUGGAUCUCAUUCUGCGCCUCAGGACCAAAAUGCAAAAUAGACAGGCCUACGACAAAGUGUUUGAGAAGAUCUGGGGAGCAUCGGGUGGUUUGGCUGUCAUCAUGUGUCCCUGCGGUGUGUUGUACAGCUUGAAGUUUAACAUCAGAGCAGAAAGCCCUAGAGACUUUGCAGAUAUGCUUCUGUCGUGGAAACAUAUGCCCAAUAUAUCAGUCUAUGACUUUGCACGAGGUCUUGUAAGCCACACCAAUAUGAGAGUGCCAGAAAAUCCACCAUUCCAGCCAAAUGAAGGUCGUCUUGCUCCUCCAACAACUGAGAACGUACAGGCAGCCAAGGACCGAACACUGAAGUUCCACCUUCCGUGGCUUUUGGAGCCAAACACUGAAAAUGUUGAAGAUGACAGUCAUCCGGUUACAAAAUCCUCUCAACAUUAUGUCUUGUGUGACAAGCUACAUGAAGGUAACAGCAAGGAUGAGAAGGACAUGCUCAGGAGGAUUGAACUUGUACCGGAGCUAGCAGGUCGGCUCAACAGCCAAGUAGCUGAACAGUUGUUCUCAGAGAUGCGGAAGAACAAUUACUUCAUAAACAAUAUGUCGCCUUCAGCUCACAUUUUCCUGGUGCGAAACAUUGUUCAUCACCACAAUGAAAAAAAAGACAGACAAACCAUUGAGAAGAUGAAAAGAAAUUUGAGGAAUGUCAGUAUCACACUGGACACACUUGGGAAGGCAGUAGCAGAGCCGGCCCUGCUCCAAUCACACUGCUCUCGCCUCUUCUUCAUGCAGGAAAAGAUCAAAGAAAGUCUGGAGGAGCUGUGUAAACGUCUGCCAGGACCAGGAGCCUCUAAAAUCUGCAAAGAUCAGAUUGACAAGAACCUUCCCAUGGCAAUUGCUUUCUUGACUUCCACUGUUAAACCAGGUCAGGUUUGCAGUAUGUUGGGACUCUGUGGCACCCAGUCAGAUAUAUCGCAACAGAAAAUGCUGACAAGUCACAUUCGAGAAGCUAUGAGGGCAGCCAUGAUAGUUUCAGAGGUGCAAUUUACUCCAGAGUGUACCUUCUGCAUUUAUCUAGUAAAAACGGUCGAGCGCCUGCUGCCCAAAGAAAGAACUGAGAGUGCUGUGAUUGACUUGCUCGGAAGAGUGUGUGGCGUUCUUCCUGCCUCUGUCAAGGACCAGUGUGAGGGUCUGAUUGAGAACUACGGUAAGAGGCUGCUGGACUUGCUCCUAAGCUAUGCCACCCCUCAGGCCAUCUGCUCCAUUAUCCACAUGUGCAAGGGCCAGGAGACUCAGAUGUUCGUUGAGAGCAGUCUUGUCUCUGACUGUGACUCUUGUGUGAUCCUGGCUGUUCUGAGUCGCCUUAACUUGGGUUCCAAUGCCACAGAGAUACAGACAUCAUCUUACCUAAGCUCUGUUUGCCAGCUGCACCCCAACAUCCUUCCUAAGUGUGACAGCUUUACCAAGAACCAUGGGGAACAACUGAAGGGGUUUCUGGGUAAAAAAGGUCCUCCCCUUGAUGUGUGUGGGAAAGUGGGCCUGUGUGGAGGAAUGGGCGGGCCAGCAGGGCAAAAAGGAAACCCCUGCACUUUGGGUAGCAGCUACACGUGCAGAGAUCUGAAGACUGCUCUGGAAUGUGGGACAGUGCCCUUUUGCCAGGAACAUAUUUGGGAAUAAAGAUUUUGCUCAAUACCCCUCUCUCAAAUGGAAUGAGAGCCUGAGGAAUUUGCUACCACUGAUGACCCUCAUUUCAACAUCCAAUUGCAAAUAUUACCCAGUUGAAAUUUCUCAAACGUUGGUUGUCUGUCAGAUAGUAUGGUCUGCACACAUGGGAGUUUGCUGAUUGCAUUGUCACUGUUUUUGUUUGCCUCUGUGCCUUUUUUGAAACCUUCAGAAUAGGGCUAUGAUUGCUUUUCAUCAGAUUACUUUCUAGUACAUUCUAGACAUAUACUGUACUUUGAAAGUGUUGGUUUAGCAUAAACAUAUUCAUUUAUGCAUUUAGAUAUAGAACAAUUUGAUCACCAGCUCUUUCAAUAAACAAAUUAUGCACCAC